AGAGGAAGAAGAAGAAGAAGAAGAAGAAGUGUUGGGUAGUUGACUUGUUGAAUGACAGCGGAUCAAAGUUUACACUUUGUUUACAGGUGUUUCUGUGUUCGGGAACAACUCAGCACAUCUGGGCGCAGAGUCGCAUCGUGUCUGACACCUGACCGGCCGCCUCGCGAUCACAAACAAUGCGGGACCGAACUAAAGAAUUAGGAAACAAUGCAGAGGCUUCAGAUGAGGACGAGGGCAGCGCUCUCAUGAUCAAACCUGGAACCUCUUCAGCCAAAGAGGAGAAGGAGAAUGAAGCUUUCUUUAAAAAGGCGCAAGAGAUCCACGAGGGGCUGCAGAGCCUCAAGAGCAUGGUGUCUAACCUGGAGAACAAACAGAAGACUGUGCUGGGUGUGGCGCUGCCGGAGGAGAGUAUGAAGAAAGAGCUGCAGACUCUUCGAGAGGAGAUAAAAACGUUGGCGAGUCAGAUCCAGAGAAAACUGAAGAGUAUUGAACCGAAGAAGGGGGAGGAUGAUGGGAAAUAUAUACCCAUCAACAUUCGGAUGCAACGGACCCAGCACGGUGUUUUGUCGAAGGAGUUUGUGGAGCUGAUGGGUCACUGUAACACCAUCCAGGCCCAGUACAGAGACCGUAACGUGGAGAGGAUACAGAGGCAACUCAAAAUCACGGGGACCAACGUGACAGACCAAGAGCUGGACGCGAUGCUGGAGAGUGGGCAGACGGAUGUUUUCACCCAGAAUAUCCUGAUCGAUGCUCAAGCUACAAAACAGGCUCUGAAUGAGAUCGAGUCCCGACACGACGAGAUCCUGAAGCUGGAGAGGAGCAUCAGAGACCUGCACGAAAUGUUCCAGUACCUCGCCAUGGAGGUGGAGGCUCAGGGGGAGAUGGUGAACCGCAUUGAAAACAACAUCAAACAGUCGUCAAACUACGUGGAGAAGGCAAAAGAGAACACAGAGAAAGCCGUCACGUAUCAGCAGAAAGCACGAAAGAAAAAGAUCUGGAUAGCGAUCUGUUUGGCCAUCCUCAUCCUCAUCCUAGUCAUCUCAUUGGUCACCACCUUCGGCACCUAACAGUGUGAGUCGCUGGCUGGUUUAGCAGAAGCACAUUUAAAAAUGAAAAAUCACCUUUUAUGUAAAUAAUUUCAGCCCACAGGACGUUCGGGUGAAUUUAUCAGUUAUCAUCCCUCUGCUUUUUUUUUUUUUUUCUUCUUCCCACAUUUCAUCUUCGUGUUUCUGAAACUGUGGAAGAUCAUUUACGCCAGAAUCCUGCAGGUCUUUAUAAGGACAGACUUUUGUAAAAUAAUGACCAAGUGUCUCAAAAUAAUGACUUCUUUUUAGAGUUCAGUCACUGUGUCGACAGUUUCUCAUUAUUUGAGACACUGACUGUAAAUUUUGCAAAAUAAUUUUCAGCAUUAUGAAAAUACUUCGCGUCUCAAACAUGAAAAACUUUCUCAAUAUUUUGACUUCAGCCUGUUUUGAUUUAUGAAAUUAAGACUUUGAAAGUUUCUUUUUAUUCUGCGAAAUCAUUAUUUCAAUAAAAUUCAUCAUUUUGAAAUAGUCAUUAUUUUGACAAAAUUCUCAUCCGUUUGAGAAACGGACUCAUUUGUUGACAGUUUAUUAUUUUGAGAUACGAAGUCGUGGUCUGGAGACACUGAUUUAAAGUUACAAACUUAUUAUAACAAAAAUAAUGAAAACCUAAACAAUAUUUUGACUAUUUUGAGACAUGAAAUCAAUAUUUAGAUUAAGUUUCUCAUUAAGUUGAUAAAGUUUAUUUUUAUUUUGACAUACUACUGUAAGUCGUUAUUUUGAGAUCAGUCAGUAAUUUGAGAACAUUUCUCAUUAUUAUUAUUAUUAUUAUUUUGGAAUAGUAAGUCAUUAUUUUUUAGAUACUUAUUCAAAGUUUUGCAAACACUUUGCAAUGUUCUCAAAAUACAAACUUAUUGUUGCAAAAUAAUGAGAUGCAUUCUCAAUAUUUUGACAAAGGCUUAUUUUAAAAUAUGAAAACAAUAUUUUGAGAAAGUUUCUUGUUAGUUUGAUAAAGUUUAUUUUUGUUUUUUUAAUAAUUAUUUAUUAUUCUUGCCAGACUGAGUCAUUAAUUUGAGAACAUUUUCCAUUAUUUUGAGAUAUGAAAACAUUGCUUUGAGGAAGUGUCUCAUUAUAUUGACGUACAGGAUCUUUGUCUUUAUCUUUGUCUUCCAUAUCUAACCUUCUGUCCUCAUCACGGGCCUAUGUUUUGUUUUUUGUUUUUUUAAAGAAGAAUUGUGCUUUUAACUCACACACGGCAACACUCUUGUCUGCGUUUCCACGUCCACUCACGAGGUCGUGCUGCUGGUUUGUGGAAACUCCCCGUCACAUUCUGGUCUGCGACACACACACCAGGAUAUUUAGUGAACUGUUACGUCAGUGCUCCUUUCCCCUCCUACGUAAAAAAAGCAAAGAGGAAAUAAGUGGCCUUGAGCAAAGCACAAUGCAGUAUUGAACCCCCGACUGGAGCUGAUCGUACUGUACUCAGGAAACUGUGCGUUGAUUCUCGUGACCUUGUUGUUUCUGGAUGAAUUCGAGUCACCAACAACAGUUUGAAUAGAGUAGGCAAAUAGACUAAUAUAAUUGUACAUAACGAUGAUGAUUGAGAUGAUUUUUAAAACUUGAAAGUUGUGUCAAACUGCCGACGUGUAACAAGUGUAAAUACAGAUAUUGUUUUUUUGGUGGAAGAACAGCCCCUGCUUUGUGUUUUAAUUUGACGGUGUGUCGACACUGCAGCAAAAGGCCCGAGGCCCACUUUUAUUUCUCCUACUAUCAGUUUGUAUUUAUGAUUCAGACAUUGUGUAAGCUGCUGCUGCUACGAGAAAAGUUCUGCAACCACCAUAAUGUUUUUAUUUCCCCACAAUGUGCCUUCAGCAUGACGUCCACGUGAGAAUGUGAUGUUGUGCACUAACAUUGUGAAGAAGGGAGUGAGUUUGUAUUUGUUUCUAUGUGUUUGAGUUCACACAGCCGUGUUUCAUCUGAGCGUGAUGCAUAUACUCUGACAAGACUUUCUUCACUUGUCUGUCACAUUGGGCCAAAGUCUCCUUUUGUCCUCCACGUUACUACUUUAGUGAUUUUACUUCAGUUCUGUGGGGAAGUGUAAACUAACCAGGAAACACAUGUUGGGAAACAAACUGUGGCUGCUUUGCUCCACAGUGUGACAAAUCUGUGAAGAAAAAUAAACCAAACAUGUUUAUGUUGAAGGUCGUCUGGUCUUUGCUCUUGUAUGGAAGCCCAUUUACGUCAGUACACAAACAAUAAGGCGCAAACUUAGCGUUGUGAUGAACAAAUCCUGAUACAGUAAAUUAUUCCGAUGAGAAACUCUGAAAACAAUGACUUAGUAUUUAAAAUUUAAUAAUGAUUUAAUAUCAAAUGUUUAAGAUCUCAAAGUUAACAGGUUAGUAUCACAAAAUAAUGACUUAGUAUCUUUAAUUAACGAGUUAAUAUCUCAAACAUAAUGACUAAAUAUCAAAUGAAUGAGUUAGUAUCUCCGUAUAAUGACUUGGUAUUCUAGAAAUAAUGACUCAGCACUGUAAAAUAACGGGAACAUUAUCAAAAUACUGACUCAGUAUACUCAGAAAUUAUUUUUGAGAAUGUUUCUCGUCACGUUGAGGAUCAAGGUCAUAUUUAGUUAUUUCCAGAUUAGUAAGAUGUAAAUUUAAAUAGUUUAUUACUUUGAGAUACAAAGUCAUUAUUUUCAGACUUAUUUUGAGAAUAUUUCUCAUUAUAAUGAUUUACAGGAUUUUUUUUUUUCAGCAUGAGGCUAAUUUUCUUUUCUGGCAUAAAUGGGCUUCCAUACUUGAGUCUCCUUUGGCAGCAGAAGAAGAAGGUUGACGGACGGGGCGGCGACUUUACUACUGUGUAAUAUUACAGCUGUUGAAUUUUGCAUCACAUUUAUUUUAAUAUAGAUUUGUUUUUAAAUAAAAUUCUGCCAUGUUCUGUUUUCUGUUUGUGUCUUGUAUGAUAAAGUGUUAAAGUCACACAGAAGCUGUUACAGACAAUUGAAAAGUGUUUUGUGAGUUUCAGUAUCAGUUGUUUUGUUUUUUACCUACUAAGAUGACACGAGCCUGUAUUUCACCCACAAUUAAACAAAAUCUUCAACACAAUGAAAAAUGGCAACUAA